AUGAGAAUCUGGAGCUCUUUUAAAAAAAAAAAAAAAAAGGUAUUGGAGAAUUUUAGAAUAAAUUAUGAAAUGGUAGAAAAAAGGGUAAAUAUACAGAAAAGGAGUAAUGAAGAGAAAGUGGGAACUAGAAGUGAAAAUAAAUUUAGAUUCCAAACUUACAUUGACAAGUUAUCGAAUAUUGAUAUUAAAAUAGACAAUAUGACUAGUUUCAUACAUUCUGAUAAAAUUAAUAAUGAUUGUUCCGAUAGUUAUGUUGAAAUUAUAGAUGAAUAUAGCACAAAAGAAUUAAAAGAGACCCAAUUUAGUGAAAAUGUACGUUACUGGGAAUCUUGUGUACGAUAUGAUGAAUUUACAUCAUAUAUUAAAUUAAUACGUCCUUAUAUUCAUUCAUUACCCCAUAUUCUCAUCCACCUAACAAUAAUUAUUGAUACUCUAGCUGAAGGUUUAAUACAAUGUGAAUAUCCAGAAACAGCUGAGGCAAUAUCUAGACUAUUUGGAGUUUUAGCUAAGGAUACUCGAGUAGAAUUAGUACCAAAUUUACCAAAGAUAUUUUUGGCACUAUCAAAAAGAUUAAAUAAACCACUUAAGAAUAGUUCAGUUACUGGAUUUGGAGGAGUAGGAGAGUUCAAUGAGCAAGUUUUAGAAGGUAUAUUUUCAUCUAUAUCAACGAUUUUCUUUUAUUUAUCCAAAUAUAUUUUAGUAGAUCUAGAGAAAUAUAUAAUAAUGUUUGAAGAUUGGAUUUUCCAUCCAAAAUCCUUAGUACGUGCUUUCACUGCUGAAUCUAUAGCUUAUGCACUAAGGAAAGCAGAUAUUAAAGAUGUUAAGAAAGCUAUUAAUAUUAUAUCCAUUUAUAUUUUGAAACAAAGUUUUAAAUGGGAAAAGAAUAAAUUGGAAGAUUUAUCAGAAUGGGUAUCAGAUGUAUUAUUUACAAGUGUAAAAUCUAUUAAUGGUGGUGUAACUACUAAAGGUAAUAUAAUAAUUAAAUACUGCUUAAAACAAAUUUAUUUUGGUAUCACAUAUGAUUCAAGUAUAAUUAAUAUUGAGAAAAUUAACAAAUCAUUCGGAGUUCUAUCUGAUUUCUUUAAUUCAGUUGAUGAAGAUUUAGAUGUGAUAACAGCUCAUCUCGAAACAAAGCUUGAAUAUUACUCAUAUAAACAUAAAUACCAUGAUUUUUUUGAAUGUGUUAUUACUAACUUAUAUAGAAAACUUAGAAUUAAUAUUCUUCAAGGUAGAAAUGAGCUAGUCUUUGUAGAACAAGCUUGUUUGCUUCUUUCAGUAUACUUAGAAUUAUUUUAUUUGGCAUGCACUUAUGAGAUAGAUCAAAAUAAUCAAAAUACAACUGGUCGAGAUAAAGAUGAUCAAUUUGAGUUAUAUAUCGUAAAGAUAUCAAAAUUAUGCGGUACUAUUGCUCAAUGGUAUUCAGGAAAUGGAGAAUAUAAUCAAAUUAUAAGUGAGAAUACAAAGAUAAAUAUAAUAUCGAUCAUUCUUUUACCAAUACAGAAUGGAUGGCUAAAUAUAUUAACUAAAAAUAGUAAGGAUAUAAAGUUACUAAUAGUUUCUUUGAAGCUAAUUAUUGAAAAAGUAAUUAUAGAAAAUCUGAAUGGUAAAGAAAAGUUUUUACAACGAUUAACUAUAAAACUACGUGGAAUAGAAGAGAUAUAUGAAAUUACAUGUGAAUUGAGAAGUUUGAAUAGUAAUUUUUGGAGACUAAAUAAAAUAUUUGAAUUUAAUCAAAAAGAUUUUUUAAGUGACUCAGAUAAUAAUUCAUCUUGGACAUGGCUUCACUUAUUAUUAAACUGUUGUAAUGAUAUUGAAUCAUUAGAAUUAGUAUCUUUUGACCUGUUAAGCACUAUUGGGAAAUAUUUUGAUUGGGAAUGUAAGCCUGUAGAAUAUGAAAAAAUAUUUAUAAUAGUAAAACAACUUGUUAAAUCUGUAAUAAGUAAAUAUAAGGAUAUGAAUAUUAAAUUAGUGUUAAAAUUUUACCAGAUUAUUAAUUUGUAUCUAUCCAUUGGAACUCCUAAAGAUCCCAAAAUAGUUAGAAUAUUAAGGUCUCCAACAAAUUUUUUUUCUAAACAUGAUGAUGAUCUUGUGAAAGUGCUUAUAGAUAUUAGCAUUAAUGUUUUGAAGAGAGGAUUUAUAAUAUUUGAGGAACCACAAAUUGGAACUGAAUAUAAAUCAAUUAUAAAUAAAGAUAAUGAUGUAUUCUUUAAAGAAACAUUACAAGAAGUACUAGUAACUUUAGAAUUAAUUACUAGACUUCAAUGUAAUAAAGUUUAUGAUGUUACUAAUAAAGAGAAUGAACUUUUCAACUUGUUACAAAAAGCUUAUUCUCAAAUUUUAACUGUAUUUAUAAUUCCAUCUGAAUUUACAGCUCAACCUUUUGUCUUAAAAUUUCCUUUAAAUAUAAUCAAUAAAUAUCCCAAUUUAUCAGAAGUAGGAUAUCUUACGCUCUUAAAACUAUUUUUAAGACUUUUUAUAGAAUUGGAUAUUCCUCUCCUUACACUAGACGAUCUGCUAUAUAAUGUUCUAAUUUGGCUGGAUAUAGAUGUAAAUAAUUUAGAGAAACCUUCUAUUCUUGUGCAUGAUCCAAAAUUACCGUCAUUAGAAAUUGAACUCUCAGGAAAUUUGAUUGAAGUCUUAGAUAUAUUUCUAAUUUGUGAUAUUUUUAAAAAAAGGGACUUCAUAUCAACUGACACAAAAUUGCUUGAAAAAUUCAAAAUAUUAGCUUUAUACUGGAUACAAAACCCAUCACAAAAGAUUCGAUUGGAUACUCUACAAAUAUUCAUAAAAAUACUGGAGUCAUUUGAUUUUCAAAAUGAAGAAUUAAGAGCCAAUUUAUCUUUUCUGCUCAAUAUUGUAUAUUUGUUAUAUAAUCUUGAAGCUACUUCAAAUACGAUAGAAAAUGAGCGUAUUAAAAUUCGAUAUAUACAACAAAUUUGUGAUAGUAUAUAUACCAAUAUUACUACAAUUAAUAGUUCAAAAUAUCUUCUAUAUCCCUUUGAAUUAGCUAUUAGAUGUAUUCUGUCUCAAUUUUAUGUUAAAUUCAAUGUAUUGUGGCAGCCAUGUAUAGACAAUAUUACAAGAAUUGCAAAAAUUAUUAUUGGGAAUAAGAAAUCAUCUAUUAAUUCCAAAGAAUUGAUUGGUUUGGUAUGGGAGUGUUCAUUAUCUUUAAUAUAUAUUAACACUUCGAAAAUAAAAAUGGGUAUUGAUUGUUAUGAAAGUUUGUAUACAGAUCACUUUACAGUUCAUGAAAUGGCAUGGAAAGUAUUACAAAAUUUAUAUACUAUUAAUAUUGAACCUCUUAAACAAUAUGAAUUCGUUGUUUUAUUUUGGGUAUUUCAACUGUCCUGCGAAAUUUCCGGAAAUAUUGAUUAUAUGAAUUUUUUAAAUAGUUACAAUAAUCCAGAAAUGAAACUAAAGCUUUAUAUUCCAAGUUGCAAACUUCCAAGCACAGAAAAGGGCUUGAUUUCCAGACUAAAUAAUUCUCUUAAAACUCUUCGAUACAUAUUAAGUAACUUUGAAAUAUUUAUUGAAAAAGUUAAAAUUGAAGAGAAUGAAGUCAUUGAUACAUCAUAUUAUGAUACCAAUGAUAGAAGUAGUGAACAUAUUCAAGAAUCAUUUGAUUUUAUACUCAAUAUAUUAUGUGACAAUUUGAUAUCUCAUUUAUUAUCUAUUAAUUACCCUGAGCUUCAGAUUGAAAUAAUCAAUAUUAUUUCUAAGUGGGGUAAUUAUUCAAAUUACAUUUCUCCAUAUACAAACAUGCUGAAAUCUUUAGUAAAUAGUGAUUCCAGUAAUGAAAACACAUUAAGAAGCAAUUUAUUAAUGUAUCCUUUAUAUUUAGAUAAAGAUACAAUACACAAAGAGCAUCGUUUAGUUGUCAUACCUUUGGUUAUUAGAUUAAUUUUAUCUAAACUUAGCAAAAGUAGAGAAUGCGUUGGAAACAAGAAUAGAGGUGGUGUGAAAACUAUUAAUAGAAAGAGUGGACGUAAAUUAUUAUUUUCAUACUUAUCGCAGCUACCUAAUAAUGAAAUUGGUUUAAUAUUAUCUAUUCUAUUUGAACCUAUUCUCUCCGUAUGCAUUUUAAAUGACCCAGCAGAAAAUUUUUCAGAAUACAAAUAUGAAAACAAAAAGUUAAAGGUAGAUCCUUUAUUAUAUAAUAAGAUUGAUAAUAUAACCCUAAUUAAAAAUAACAGUUUAGAUUCCCCAUUACUUACUAUAUACCAAGAUAAUUUUAUUAAAAUAUAUGGCCAGAUAAAAGAAUUAAUUUUAUAUAAUUUAAUAAACCAAAAUGAGAAUUUUAGUACUUUAGAUACAGUAUCGAAGUGGUUAUGGAGUGAUAGUAUAGGCUUUAUGUACACUGGAACUAUUUUGGAAAGUGAUAUAAGCAAUAAGGAAUUUUUUGUGAAAAUUUACUCAGUUAAGAUUGAUAUAAUGAAUAAUAGCUUAAAGAUUGCGAUAAAAUUUUUAGUUUUAUUAGAAGAUAUUUUAGAUCAAAUGGCACAUAAUUUAAGAAUGUACAUAGCAAAUAUUUUAAUAUUAGUGGUGAAUAUUUUUUGUCAAGUUUGUAAAGAUGAAAUGAAGUAUGACUAUAGUAAAUCAGAAUCAAAAGAUGAAUUCCAGACUUUAUCUAGAGAAGAUGAAAUAGAUUUAAUUGAGAAUCUCUAUACAUCUGAAAUCUCCAGGUUAAGUUCUUCACGUUUCAGAUUAAUAAUACGUAUAUUACUUAAUAGAAUAAGAUCUAUUAUAUUUAGAUAUCCUGAACUUAAUAAAGAAUGGAUCUAUAUUUUAAAACCUAUUGCUAAAAUUUUGCAAUCUAUAUUUAACAAGAGCAUUAAUGGAUCCGGGACAUUCCAAUUAUCUGCAAUAAUAUGCUUUAUAUUAGAGAUAUUUGAGGAUCCAUUAUUAUAUCAAUUACUUCCAAAUAUAUUUCCAGAUGCACUAAGGACUUUAUGUACAAGUAUAUCAAGUAAAGCAGUAAUAACCUAUACUAAAAAUCAUAGCUUUGAAAAAUUUCAGCCUUCUGGUCCUGUUGUAUCAUUAAUAGUCAAAUCAUUCUUAUAUAUGUUAUAUGGUGGGAAAACUAAAUUUGAAAUAUUUAAACAAGAGAAUGACAAGAAAAUGAAUUUAAAUAUAAAUUUGGGGGGUUAUCAGGAUUUUUUAUCAGAUAUAGAAUCUGAUACUUAUAAUAAUGAUAUUCAGAGUAAACAUUUAAACACUAGAAAAGAGGGUUUGAUAUGCAAAAGUGGCUUUUUAUUAUUAUCCCAAUUUAUUCCUGAGUUAUUGAAAUCCUUUGAAAUCUUGAUUGGAGUUCGAUAUAAAACAAAUAAAGUAAAUUACGAGCUAAGUAAUAAAAUUAAUAAAAGUAUGAGUUUAAUUUCUGAUGAAGAAUUACUACUAUUAAUGACAAUAGCUCAAAUAAAUUUCCAGGGAAAGUUGGGUGUUAUACCUGAAUAUGUAGAUGAUAAAAUAGAACAGAAUUCAACAAGAAUUUUGUUAUCAAAAAAUAUCUCGGGGGAAUAUAACUCAAAUUGUGUAAUUAUAGUUCGCCUGAUACUAUUAUUAUUAUCAUCUUCAGUAGCAAAAAUGACCUCAAAAAGUAUAAAAAUUACAUAUCAAUUAAUUCAAUUACUCAGAACAUUAUCUGGGCUCUUAAAACACAAUUUAUUUGAAUCAUUGCAGUUUGCCAAUAAUAUAGUAGUAUCAAAGCAUAAUGAUCUUGAGUUCACUCUUGACAUAGAAGAAAAUAUGAAUAAAUUGACACAAUUACUAUUAACAGAUGAGUCUCAAAUGAAUCCUACUAUUUUCAUUAUAGAUUCUUUGAUAUUAAUAUCAAGAAUUUCAAGCUUGCUACUUUUAAAAAAUAGUGAACUUUUAAUAAGAAUGUCUUUAUCUGAAAUUAUUUUAUUAGCUGAGAUGCAAUUAGUGGGUUUUGGAGAUAAUUUGCAGACAGAAUAUAUCAAAUUUAAAAAUGUAGUUAAAGAAUACCAAAUUGACUCCGAAAAAGAAUUUAUAGAUGAUGAUCCAAUAACUGAAAAUAUGGAGAUCUGGUUUUCAAGUCGAGAAUCUAAUACUAAUAUUGAAGACAGUUGUAAAAAAUCUAAACUAGUACUUACAGAAGAUUCUAAUGAAAAGUGGUAUGUAUUUAUCUCUUACUUAGUGUUUUGUUUAAAUACCCAACAACAUGGAAAUGUAAUUCCAAUACCAGAUAUUAAUCUUCAAAUACAAUUACUAAUUAGAUUUACUGAAUAUCUAUUUGGUGAGAAUCAAAAGAAUAAAUUUGCAUGUUCAGAUAACGAUAUCCCAAUUCAAUCAUUACUUCCUCUAAUAUGUCAAUUAAUAAAUUUUAUAGGUACUUCACAUAGUGACUUUACUGUAAGACAGAUGUCUAUGAAAUUAAUUGUAAAAUUCCUGGAAUCUUGGAUUAAUAGAAUAAAUUAUGAAUUGGAAAAAUAUCAAAAUUUGGGAGAUCCAAAUACUUUAUAUUGUAGGAAGUCUGUGCUUUUGUUCUAUAAAUUAGUUACAAAAAUAAUAGUGACUGAAGAACAUAAGAUGCUCAAAUUUUCCAAUGACUUAUCAAUUAAAAGAUGUGCUAUAGAACUUAUAGGUACAAGGGUUGAACUAAUUGGACAUCUAGAAUUUCCUAAGGUAGCUAAGAUUUUAAAUACUAAUGCAUAUAAUUUAAUGGAGGAAUUUCAUCUAGAAUUUUAUCCUAUUUUAAAGUAUUGCGAAACAAAUGAAAAGAAUUAUGCAAAUAUUUUUGAAGAAAUAGUUCAUAUUCAAAAACAUAGAAGAGCUAGAGCAUUAAACUAUCUUGGAAAAUUUGCUAAAUGGUGUAGGGAUAAUAAAGAAAAGCUCAAUAAUUCAAGACAUUCAUUUGAAAACAAACGGCCUUGUUUUUUUUUAGAUCAAUAUCCAAUUUACAAUUCAAUAACAAGUUAUACAGUGAAAAAUAUUGGAAUUCCUCUUUGUAUUGAUGCACUAUUACAGAGAAGUUCAAGCAAAGAAUCAUAUCAUUUGGGAUUAGGAGAUAAUUCUUUAAGGGCUUUAGAAUGCUUUACACCCUAUUUGACAUGGAGGGAAUGUAUAUCUUUGACAGGCAGUUUAGUAAAGUUAUUACGUGUCUUACCUCAAAGAAAAACUUAUAUUAUUAAAGCAAUUUGCAUUGUAUUAAAUUCAUUUGAUUUCCAUAUUCAAGAGAGUCUCCUUAGUGAACAUGCACUAAGAUUUUUAGAAAAAUCAAAUAUAGAGAAGACUUUAUUAAGAUCGGAAGGAUCUGAAAUUGAAUUUGAAGGGGAUAUUUCACUAGAUAAAUCAAUAGAUGAAGAAGUGGUUGAUGAGUUAACUGAAAUGCAGAACAGUUUACGUAGGAAAUUAUUGCCAAUGUUACGUUUCCUCAUGGUAGAUAAAAGUAAUAAUAUUUUAAGUUCAUAUGAUGACAAUCAUACAAAUAAUCCUAUUAGUAAAUUUGAGAAAUCUUCUACAGUAAAUUAUGGUUUAAUACGUCCAGAAAUAGUUUUAGUUAUUUUAAAAAUACUUAAAUGCCUUCCCGAUAAACAAUUUCACUCAGAACUUCCAAGACUCGUGAACCAAUUGAUAAUAGCCUUAAAAUCUAAGGAUCGUGAAACUAGGAGACGUACUAGAGCUGCUUUAAAAUCUGUUUGUGAUACUUUGGGAAUAAAUUAUUUGCCAUGGAUUUUCUCUCAAAUGUCUGAAAUACUUACUAAAGGUUAUCAACUUUCUGUUUUAAGUUUUACUAUUCACUCUAUUCUUAAGGAAGUAAUAAGUAAUCAUAAAAACAGGCUAAAAAACACUGAACAUGAGAUAUGUGGGAACUCAGAAGAAUUCAUUUUAGAUUCUUGUAUUCAACAUUUAGCACCUCUUAUAUCUAGUGAGUUGAACAGGAUUGCAGAUCCAGAUCGUCGCACAGCAUUAGAAACCAUAGAUACCCCAGUAACAUCAAAAGUAGAUGAGUGCAAGUUUGUUCGUUGCCCAGAAAUUAUGAAAAUAAUUAGUGAAUAUGUUUCAAUUGAUGGAAUAAAUGAGAUAUUUAGGUUUUUAUAUGGACUCUUAAAUGGUACUUGGGGAGAUCGUGACGGUAGCAUAAUUUCUGAUGCUUACAGUCAGAAGUAUUUACAUUGGAUUAAACAAUUGAUUAUUCAAUCUUGUGCAGGAUUUAUUAAAAAUAGAAACAUAUGUACUUUAAAUAAACUCGAUUUUUCAGUAAAAUUGCUCGCCCUAAGUUUAAAUUUUGAUCCUAAGAUGAAACGUGAUAAAAAAGUAAAUGAAAUCAUAAACAUAUUAGAACCACUUUACUCAAGCAAAUAUCUUGAUAAUUUCGAGAUUUUAAUAGAUGAAAUGAAAGUAAUGAGUGAAGAUUUGAGUUUAUCUUCUAUAAAUAGUGGUCUGCAAAAAGUUAUACAGAAAAAGGAUCAGAUAUUUAUGAUACAACCAGGAGCUGCGUCUGGACGUGGGAUACAUCAGAUAAUAAAACCAAAAAGAGGAUAUGAACAAAAGAUUCAGGGGGUUGUAUUAGGUCAGUCAGCUCUUUAUAUUUUAAACUAUAUCCUAAAAGAAGUUAGAAUAAAUAAACUAUAUGAGGAUUUACAAAGUUAUGAUUCUAUUACUUCAAUAAAUACAAGUUUGAGUUAUUUGAUUCCUUUAGCUACCUUAGCAUUCUUAAGUAGCUCUCACGAAGUAGUUACAAUAUCUUCUAGAUGUUUAUUACGCCUCAUAACUCUUGAGUCACUUAACAAAAACUCAAGAAGUUUUGUAGGACCUUUACAAGAGAAUACUAUUAUGAACUCCAAAGUACUUGAUAUAGAAAUUACUUUGUAUUCUUUACUUGAUAAAUGUGGACCAAUUAUUGCAAAGAAUGUUGUUUCAAUAAUGGAAAGAUCAAGUGUAAGUUCAUCCAAUGCUUUGAAUUCUAUAACAGACUUGACAUCAUCUUGUCUAAAACUUCUGGUAGCAUUAUUACUACGUCAUAGUUCUUCUGAAUGGUUUAAUUCUAUUAUAUGGAUUAAAGAUAAAAAUUUAACCCCACAACUAAGCCCAUUUUACAUAAAUUUACUACGUCAGUUACAUAUUUGUGUAAAUGAUCGUAGAUUAAGGCUAGUUUCUCUACAGCUUAUACGCCAAGUGAUAUUAUAUGGUAAAUCAAGUAUUUCAGCUUCAAGUGAGUCACUAGGAUCCUUAUACUCAUUGGUUGAUUCUAUAUUACCCUUACUCGUGCAAUAUAGUAGUGUUGAACCUAAGCUUGUUCGUCUUGGAAGUUGUCUCUAUGCAGAAUUUCUUUUAUAUUAUCCAAUGAGUGAUAAAGCUCAAAGACAGAGAAUAUCAAUAUUAUUGGAGAAUCUUCCUAGUUAUUCAACAUCCGAAGGAAGACAAGCAAUAUUAUUUGCCCUAUAUACCCUAGUUACUAGACUACCAGCUCAAUUAAUUAUUGAGUCAUACAGUAUAAUGAUAACAUGUGGAUUAACAUUAUAUUUAUCAAAUGAGACCGAUUCAAGGUGUGUUUCAAUGGUUGAAUUGAUUAUAAAUGAUAUUUUAAAUCUCUAUGGUACAAACAAACGUGGCAGAUUUCAAUUAAUUACUCUUCUUAUCAAUACGCUGGAACCACUCUAUGAAAAGCUUUGCAUUAAGCGUUGCCUUAUCACAACACUUAGAAUGAUUCUUGGUUUCUUUCAAAAUAAAAAGUUGGAAAAUAGGUUACAACAUGAGUUAAAACAAUACCUAGAAAUUGUAUUUGUUCAAUUAUAUAGAUGUGUAAAUUCUUUUGAAUACCAAGAAAAUACAUCAAUUUGUAAGAGUUAUAGGCUCCAGUAUGAAUCAUACUUACUUUUGGAAAACUUACUGGGGGAUUCCGUAAGUGAAACUGAAUUUUUUGAUAAUUGGUUAUCAGAGAAAAGUCAAUCUAAUAUAUCCGAAGAUCAAAUUCUACAAAUAUCGGACAUGUGGAAGGUUAUAUGGGAGAAUGUUACUAACAUUGGGCUAUCAAGCUAUCAUUUAUGGGUAAGAGCUUCAUCUAUUAGGAUUACAUUGAAGGCUUUUAAAUAUUGUAUAAAUAUCGGUGAAUUUGAUCAUUCUAAAGUAUCAAUCAUUUUUAGAGCUUGUUUAGGAGAUAGCCAGAUAUUUGGGAAAUUAUUUAAUAAAAUUAUUGUACAUUUGUUUGAUCCAGUAGUUGAAAGUGCUUCUUGGUUAUGUCCUAUGAUUUUAUCAUGUGUACAGCAUGGUACUCUACUAUCUGGACAUUUAGAUUCAUCAUGGAAACCUCCUUCGAAGUCUUUGAAUGGAAAAAACAAAAUAUCUAGUACUGAUUCUGAGACACAAGAAUUCCAGAGUUUAGAAAAAAAAACUUAUAAGAAGAUUGAUAUUUUAGAGGAAAAUGAAGUAACGGAGUCUGACUGGUUAAUAAUAGAAAAUGAUGAAUAUGAAGAUGAAUUAAAUAUAGAAAAUGAUGAUAUUGAUAAUGAGGUGAAUAAUUAUUUAUCUAGUAAAAUUCCUGAAAUCCCUAAAGAUACACAAAAUAAAAAAAAGACUUUAAUGGAAACUCAUACAUUAAAUGAAAGUGAUGAUAAUCAAUGGCUAUGUUGUAGGUCAGAGAAAUCUGAAAUAAUUCCAAAAGUAAUUCCAAAAGAAUCCAAAGUUUCUAAACCAUUUUGGUGGAUCUUAAACCGUGUGGCUUGGCACUGUCGUCUAUACACUACAGAACCUGGAAAAUUUAGAGUUAGACUACUACUAAAUCUUAAAUUCUUAUAUGAUUUUUCUCAAUGGUUACCACAAUAUACAGAAGAGUUAAUUUCCAAUGAAUACUCAAAUAAGACCUUAAGACACUCAAUAAAGGCUUUAUUUCAAUGCUCCACAAUUAUUCAUUCAAGUCCGAAUUCCCCUCUUGAUUCUAUUAUAAUAGAUAAUCCAAAAAAUAUUAGUUGGAUAACAAGAAUUGGUCAUUUAUCUGUUCAAGAGGUUAUAAGGAAUUUCUGUUGGUUAAGUCAGAGAGCACUAGAAGAAUGGGACAGACAAUUUUCACUUAUGGGAUAUUCUACAAUUUUAUAUAAAUACUUAUCUGAAGCUAGGCAAGAAAUACUUACGUUAAGGAAUAAAAGAAAGACUCAGUUGAAGCUAGAUUUGGUUAAAAGACCAGAAGUAGUGGCUAGACGGAGAUUCUCAAAGAGAUUAAAAAGUCGUUUAUUAAACAAGAAGAAGUCACAGAAACAUAAACAAAGACGUUUGAGGGGAGUUAAUUAAUAUGCUUUUUUGCAAGUGUAUAAUAUUAUCACCUAAUUAGCUAUUUAAUUCUUUAUACAAGUUCUAUAUACUUAAAUGAGAAAUUAAGAUUAUAAUAAAUCUG